AUGCCUUCAAGGAAGGCUGUGCUAUUAGCCAGCGUCAAAAUUCACGCUCGCCCGGGACCUGCACGAUACAAGCUGAUAUACCUUCUUCCUGCUCCAGAAGCGGACAAACAAUGGAAAGCAAGAGACGAUCUCACCGAGGACGAUCACGUGGAGAUGACUAGUCUCUUCGGAGGAAAGACUAGGGGGAAACUUGCUCCUACUAUCUUCAACGACAAAGGGCAAUUUCGCAGACAACUUGGGCAUCUGAACAGUCGGAUCAAGAGAUCAGAAGAGAAGACACAGAAACCUGGAAUGCGUCGAAACUCGGAUCUCAUCGCGGACAUGACGAUCGAAGACGUGCAGAUUAAGUGCUCAGCCUGGAAAACUUUCCCCGCUAAGUUCACUACUAGCUUGAUCUUUGUGUUUACACGAGCAAGUGGUGAGGCACCGAGCGGCGGAAGAGCUGGCAUGUUCCGUCGGGCCCAGGUGGCCGGAGAGGCAUUCGCCGCGCUUCUCGGACAAAAACGUCCCAUCCUGUUUGCUAUUCCGAGAUGCAGAGUGAGCAGUCGAGCAUACCUGUUUAACGAGAAAGGCGAGCGAACAGGCGAGCCAGGACACAGCUUAAAGGAGCUCUGGGACGUCCUUAAAGUAGCUAAACCAGACCGAGAUAUUUAUCUCGUUUGCGUCGGUUUAGACGCCUUUACGACAAACGUUCAGAACUACAUCACUAUUGCGAAGUUGUACGACCACCUCUCAAUUACGAUUGUCGUUGUCGUCAACGAAUACUUCGCUGGCUCAAAGUCUUCCGGAAGGCAGGCGGCAGAACAUGCCUGA